ACGUCGUUUUAGCAACAAAUCAACCUGCCUCUAGCAACUUACCCUGAAAAUUAGUUGGCAACACUGGUUCCAUAGUUACUGUCAGGGCCACCACGACUCUUACAGCAUAAAAUGGGUCCCUACACAAUCACCUACUUUGGAGUCCGAGGGCGCUGUGGCGCUAUGAGAAUCAUGAUGGCCGACCAGGGACAGGAAUGGAAGGAGAUCGUGGUGGACUUUGCGGACUGGAUGAAGGGAGAUCUGAAAGCCACUUGUGUAUUUGGUCAGUUGCCCAAGUUAGAAGAUGGAGGAUUUGCCCUGUACCAGUCAAAUGCCAUUCUGAGGCACUUGGGCCGCAAUCAUGAUGCCUAUGGGAAAGAUGGCAAGGAGGCUGCGCUCAUUGACAUGAUGUGUGAUGGCGUUGAGGACCUUCGUCUUAAAUACGUAAAAAUGAUUUACCAGGAAUACGAUACUGGUAAAGACGCAUACAUCAAAGACCUCCCUAACCACCUUGACAAGUUUGAAGCUGUGAUGGCCAAAAACAAGACUGGUUUUCUUGUUGGCGACAAGCCUUCCUUUGCUGACUAUAGUCUGUUUGAAGUCCUGCUCAACCACCUGGUGCUCUGCUCCUGUUGCUUGGAUACCUUCCCCUCCCUGAAGAAUUUUGUCGAGAAGAUGUCUGCCCGUCCCAAAAUCAAGGCCUUCCUAGACUCUGACGCCUACAAGAAACUGCCCAUUAACGGCAAUAGCAAACAGUGAAUUCUGCUGAACAAAGGAGGCUAAAUUCCAUCCCUUAUACUGUAACCUGAAUUGUCAUGGAUAAUAGCCAUUUUUUUUUUGUAUGUCCAACUUACACAUUAGCCUACGAUACGCUUGUUGUUAACUUUUAUGUACAAUUGUUAGAUACUAAUGACUUUUGUAUGACAUGAUGAAUUGUAAUUGUCAUGUGUUCAAAAAAUAAAGGGCUUUUUGAAAAGCA